AUGCAAUUACUACCUAAUGGCUUGGAUGUAGCGUCCUUAUACUUUGGGUACAGCCCCAAUCUACCACUGACCUACGUUGGUAUGAUCGUGUUUGGUCUGUUAUUCCUUGGAUUAUGCACAAGAGUCUUUUUGACGCAUAGCCGCAUGUUCUUACUGCUUUUGCCUCUGACCUCCUUACUGCAGGUCGUUGGUUAUGCUCUACGAUUCGAAUGUGCCAACAAUCCCAGCAUGGGCCUCUUUAUUACCAUGUCCAUCUUUUUGCUUCUGUGCGCAAAUGUCAUCGCACUUGUCAAUUACAAAACUGUGAGAGAGGUCAUUGUCUAUUCAGGGGUGGAAACAAGGUUUGUGGUGAUCGGACCCAGAUUCGCAAAGAUCUUCUUUGAUUUCAACAUAAUCGCCUCUAUUCUGCAGGGUGUCGGUGGUGGCAUCCAGUCUGAUCCGGAUAGCAGAGCCGUUGGCUCUCAUCUGUCACUCGCUGGCUCCUGUAUUCAACUUGCUACCUUGAUUUGCUUUCUGAUUGCUGCCCGUUAUGUCCAUCGAUCUGAUGACUAUCAUUUCCAUGUGCAUGGUCAAGAUCCCAAGAGAAAGCUCUUUACUGUCAUCUAUAUCACCACAGUCUUGCUUUGUGUUCGUCUCGUUUAUCGUAUCGCUAGCUAUGCAGUAGGAGCUACAGGUGUGAUUGCUACGCAUGAAUGGACAUACUACGUUUUUGAUGCCUUGAUGAUUGUCUUGUGCCUAUUUUUCCACUUGGUGCUCUUUAUCGGUAAUUACCUCCCUCAUGUGAAUGAAGCGACAGACGAAGAGAAGCAUGACAAGGGAACGUCAGUUGAAUCAGAGCAGAUUGAUUUAAGCACUAUGAAGAACAAUAAGAGUGCUCAAUAUCAACAAAAUCAGCAAUCGUUACCCUAUUAUACGGAAAAUAACCAGCAAACUUCAAAUGCCAAUGCCAAUGCGGAACCCGGCAAGACUGAGAAACUGCUAUCUGUAUUGCCAGUUACUCGCAUCAUAUAUAGAAUAGCUAAAAAAGCCUAA